AUGUACGCCCGAUGCGGCUGCCUGCUGGAGGCCGCAGCAGUCUUUAACAAGCUGACGCCCAAAGACGUGGUGUCAUGGAACGCCAUGCUCACUGCCACUGUCGAGGCUGGGGAGGCGGAGGAAGCACUCCGGCUUCACCAGCGGAUGAGAGCUGAGGGAGUGAUGCCGGAUGCGGCUACAUUUGCUGUGGUUGUAGCAGCGUGCAGCGCGCUCAAGGACGAGGCCACGUCGAGGGCCGUGCACACCGAGGUAGCUGCUCGCGGCCUCGACGGCCACCCCGUGUCCGGCACUGCUCUCGUGUGCAUGUAUGCCAAAUGCGGGCGCUUGGAUGACGCCACCACGGUGUUUGAAAGGAUGCAGCGGCACUCGGUGCUGGCUGUGGCCGCCUGGAACUCCAUCCUCGCUGCUCUUGCAAAACACGGGCACGGCGCCACGGCCGUGGAGUUUUUCAGAGUGAUGACAAUGGCGUAUGUACAACCGGAUGGGAUCACCAUCACUGUUAUGUUGCACGCUUGCAGCCACUCAGGCUUGCUUGCGACCGGCCUCGACUACUUCUUGUCUAUGUUGCAUGACUUUGGAUUGGCACCCACUGCCGAGCAUUACGCAUGCUUGAUAGAUCUCCUAGGACGAGCAGGAGUGGGAGCCGAGGCGGAAGAAGUCAUUCGUGGCAUGCCGUUUGCGCCCGACAAUGUUGCGUGGAAAACCCUCCUGGCUUCCUGUCAAACAUCCAAGGAUGCGGGCCGGGGAUCUAGAGCCGCUAUGCAACUUAUUCGCAUGGACCCAUUGCUCCAUGACUCGUCCUACGUGCUUCUAUCUAACAUUCUCCCCGUGUAA